GCAGAGCUUUUGAUUAAUAUUCACUUGCACUAUAAAUAGAGAAAAGUCUUCCCUCUCUUCCUUCAUGAAAUCUUCUGUCUAACAUUGAACUCACCAAACUAAAGCUUGUAGAGUGAGAAACAGAACACUCUUCCAAUGGCCACCAAAGUCUAUAUUGUUUACUACUCGAUGUACGGACAUGUCGAAAGACUCGCAGAAGAGAUAAAGAAAGGAGCUGCUUCUGUUGAAGGAGUUGAGGCUAAACUAUGGCAGGUGUCGGAAACAUUGCCUGAUGAGGUUCUAGCAAAGAUGAACGCACCACCAAAGGGUGAUGCGCCGGUCAUUACACCCAACGAGCUUGCAGAGGCAGAUGGGCUUAUUUUCGGCUUCCCCACUAGAUUUGGAAUGAUGGCUGCCCAAUUCAAAGCAUUUUUGGAUUCAACCGGAGGUCUAUGGAAAACUCAACAGCUUGCUGGAAAGCCCGCAGGCAUCUUCUACAGCACCGGAUCUCAAGGUGGUGGUCAAGAGACUACAGCAUUAACAGCCAUUACUCAACUUGUUCACCACGGAAUGAUCUUUGUGCCUAUUGGCUACACAUUUGGAGCCGGCAUGUUCGAAAUGGAGAAGGUGAAGGGUGGUAGCCCUUAUGGAGCUGGAACGUUUGCCGGGGAUGGCUCGAGGCAGCCUUCGGAGCUUGAACUCGAGCAAGCUUUCUACCAAGGAAAGUACAUUGCUGGCAUUGCUAAGAAACUCAAGGGAUCGGCUUGAAUUUUCUCUUGCCAUAACCCCAUUGUUGGCAUUCUAUACUUGCAAUUUUUCUUUUGAAUUUCAAUUAGUAUCAAUUGUGAAAUCAUGCUUUUUUAUGACUCGGUAUCCAGCCGUUGGACCGACUAAUCCGAGGGACCAAUUCCACCGUUCACUAGCUGGAGGGGCCGAUAAGUAUCUUAAUUUCCUUGCAUUACUUCCUCUGUUAUUGUUGAUUUUGAACUUCUCUUUGUAUUAGAGCAUUCACAGCACAUCAGAAAUGCUCUUGUUCAUUACUUCCUAUAACAUUAAAUGAAUGUUUAUAAGUUUGAGAAAUAUGUGAAGGGCAUGAUUGUUUCCUAUAAGAAUAUAAUUGUCCAAUUGCCA